AACAUCAAAGAUAUCCUCCCCUCCUUCACAUUCAUUCCCAUGAUGCAACAGCAAACAAAGAGGGCAGAGAAAAGACAGUGCAGGCGACAAAACGGCAGCUAGCUAGAGAAAAGUUUUAAACGCCGAAAAUAGGUACAAUUCAAAACGUCCACAGCGUACGGUGUGACUUUAUCGCAAAACGCGGUCAUAAAGUGCCCAUUAUUCCUCGUUUCUGUGGAAAUUGACUUCGUUUCUGCGGUGUUUUUGUAAGUGCAGGUAUCAGCUAGCCAUGAAGUAAUAAUGUCUCCUAAUGCUCUCCGGACACUGAUAUGACAGCUGCCGUUAGCUGACAGUGUAUUCAAGGCACGACAGGUAAGGGAGUCGUGGGCCAUAUGUGAUCAGCUAUGUGUAAGUGUUCACAAUCAUCUCCCUCAUCCCAAGAACAUCACGUGUAAUCCCCCUCCAAAUCAUUAAGGGGGAUCUUUCAGAAUGAAGAAGAUCAGUCUGAAAACAAUUAAAAAGUCAUUUAACAUUAAAGGCAAAGAAGAGAAUGAAUUUGCCGUAUCACAGCCAGACUUGGCGGCCAGUUUCUCUGCUGAAGACUCUCUGUUUGGAGGAUGCUACAGCAAAGAUCUCGUCAGUAGCGACCUGGAUAAUGAGGAAGAAAAAAGAUCCAAAGUCAGAUCUAAGAGUGAGGGUCUCAUGGGCACCUUGAAAAGGAGACUAUCAGCGAAACAAAAACCAAAGGUCAAGGGUGGUUCUCCAUCUGUUUGCUCUAUAGAUGAUGACACCUUUUCCUCCUCUUCGGCACCCAUUACUCUAAGUGACUUAAAAUCCCAGCAUUCCUCCCGCUCAGCAUCCAUCCAUAGUCAUCAUUACAGUCCCACGCCGUGGCCUCUCAGACCAGUGAACUCGGAGGAGACAUGCGUCAAAAUGGAUGUUAAGGCAUUAAUGAACUCCUCAGAUCCUAGUCCGGCUCUCAACAGUGUGCACCAAGACUUCCUAGACCUCCAGAGAGAGUUCAAAGAAUCUAGCGAUUCAUUGAGAAUCACCAGACGUGUGCCAGAUCACCAUUCUGGUGCUCACAAUGCUGAUUUGCACCUUGAAAUGGAUGAACACAUGCCUGUAGUCAUUGGUCUUGCAGCUCAGGAUUAUAUUCAGUACACAAUGCCUUUAGAUGAUGGACUCUUUCCUGACAAUGAAGGUUCGCGCUCUUUUUGCUUAGACGGCACCACACCCAUGGACGUCGUUCCACAGUCAGAGGGAUGCAGAUCUCUUCAUGCAGACGAGGAACCUAUUGACCAAGACCUCCUGUCUCCAGACAUCUUUAUGGAGUCGUCAUCGGUGAACCAGCUCUUUUUAAACACUGCAAAUGUCUUGCUGCAGGGCUCAAGACUCGAAGCCCCACUUUCCCCCUUGCUACCUCCUUUGCCCAAUAGUUAUCUCCAGAGAAGCUUCUCUGGGUUUGGUGGUACACAUGCUCAUGUUGCAGAGAGCGUCAUGCACCAUCUCAACUUUGACCCCAACUCUGCUCCGGGGGUGCAGCGGGUCUAUGAUGCCGUGCAGAACAACGGACCCAUGGUGGUUACUAGUCUCACGGCUGAACUGAAGAAAUUAGCCAAGCAGGGUUGGUAUUGGGGUCCCAUUACAAGAUGGGAGGCCGAAGAAAAGCUGACGAAUCUUCCAGAUGGUUCUUUUUUAGUUCGCGACAGCUCUGAUGAUCGAUAUCUUCUAAGUUUGAGCUUUCGCUCACAGGGUAAGACUCUGCACACUCGAAUCGAGCAUUCUAAUGGCAGUUUCAGCUUCUACGAGCAACCAGACAUUGAAGGCCACAUAUCAAUUGUGGAUCUCAUUGAUAAUUCGGUCAAGGAUUCAGAGAAUGGAGCAUUCUGCUAUUCCAGAUCUCGCUUACCGGGGUCCGUCACCUACCCCGUCAGACUGACCAAUCCCGUUUCAAGGUUUAUGCAAGUGCGCUCACUGCAGUACUUGUGCCGCUUUGUUAUCCGCCAGUACACACGGAUAGAUCUGAUCCAGAAAUUGCCUUUACCAAACAAAAUGAAAGAUUACCUGCAGGAGAAGCACUACUGAAAGCAGUAAAUCAUGACUUGGUUGCUACUUGCACUUUUUGGAUGACACAAUGAAACCGGUUUCACAGACAUUUCAAGAGUUUUGUUACCAUUCGAUUUAGCAAUUUUUUGAAAGGAAUGAUGAUGAUUGUUGGUCUGGUAGAGUAGAUAGUUCAGUGGUUUGUGUAGAGACACAGUGCCAGAAUGUCGUUAGAGUGUCUGGGUCUCAAUGUUGGAGCAUUUUUCGCAUGUUCUCUUAGUACUGUAGCAUUUCCUUUUUGUUAAAGUCAAAGACAGUCCAGUAUUUUUCUUCAUAAUCCCACACUAUGAAAUAUCAGCACACAACUCAGAGCUCCAUCUUAUUUUAGGGCAUUUCGACGAUCUUGGCAAGAAUGCACAGAGGUAUAGAAGCCUUAAUAAUGACUGCAUGUUUGUGAAUGCAUAGAUUACAUUCCUUCUCAUCCCCUUUUUUUGAGUGCAUACCUUCUUGUCUUACCAGUCAUUAUGUCAUCAUCUUAUUCAAAGGGAAAAUAUACUAUACGAUAUUCCAAAUGAUGUCCUCUCCCCAUACACAUGAAUCUUACCCUUCUGUGGAGUUAAUCUAAUAAGCUAUAUUAGCUGCUCAUAUUUGUCAGACCGUAUUCACAUCCCCUUUUUUGUUUGCAUUCUUUAGCACGUAAUGCCAAGUUUAGGUGCCUCACUGAAACUCGUCUUUGCUGUACUUAAUUGAUUUUAGACUGUAUGAUUUGUUCUUUAUAACAGUCAUCUUUUAACUGGCAUGCAGUUACAUUAUAAAUGCAUCUGGUCUUUUCGCCCCUGCAUUGUUUAAGUGUUCAUUAGUAUUGUAUAGCAUUGUUUAAAAACUGAAAGGUUUCCUGUUAUGAAUGGUACAGUUUCAAAUCAUCUCUAUUUGGGAACAGAAUUUGCUUACUGAUAUGUUGUAACUUGAACUUGUUCUUCAGUUCAAAAUAAACAUUUUAUAUGCUUAA